UCAUUCUUAGUAGGAGCAAUGGCAGCUUACAUUCUGUGUGGAUGGCUAGCUUAACGUUAACUGUGGACCGUUAAUGAUCGCAUUUUAAACAUUUCAUCCUAUUAUUGACGGGGCUCCGAGACGAUUUGUCGGUGUAUUGGAACGUGCAAUUUUAAAAUGUUUAAAACCAAAUGUUAGUGACUGAAAAACUGCCACAAAACCGCAACCCCUUAGCACGGCUUUGCUAGCAUCCUCGAGACGCCUCGCUUAAUUGUCGCAUUUGUUUUACUCGUGAACCCACAAACGACCGGAAUCAACCGUUAUCUUCUCACGGCCAAUUGCCCUCCAUGCCCGAGCAAGGCCCGAGAAUGAACAGCUUUUCUCUCGGCGAGUUGUGCUGGCUCUUCUGCUGCCCGCCCUGUCCGAGUCGCAUAGCGGCCAAACUAGCGUUUCUGCCGCCAGAGCCCACGUACUCCAUCCACACGGACACGAGCGGUGCGUCCAGCCUGCACCUGACCGAGCGCGCCGACUGGCAGUACUCGCAGCGAGAGCUCGACGCCGUCGAGGUUCUCGUGACCAGAACCAGUCGCGGGAACCGGGUGGGCUGCAUGUUUGUCCGAUGUGCGCCCAAUAGCCGCUACACGCUGCUGUUCUCCCACGGCAACGCCGUGGACCUGGGCCAGAUGUGCAGCUUCUACAUCGGCCUGGGAUCCAGGAUCAACUGCAACGUGUUCUCCUACGAUUACUCGGGUUAUGGGGUCAGUACCGGGAAACCGUCUGAGAAGAACCUAUACGCUGAUAUUGAAGCGGCCUGGCAGGUGCUUAGGAACAAGUAUGGAGUGACUCCGGAGAACAUUAUCCUGUACGGUCAGAGUAUAGGCACUGUGCCUACGGUGGAUCUGGCCUCCCGGUAUGAGUGUGCCGCAGUCAUCCUGCAUUCCCCCCUUAUGUCUGGCUUGCGCGUUGCCUUCCCUGACACCCGCAAAACCUACUGCUUUGAUGCUUUCCCAAGCAUCGACAAGGUCUCAAAGGUGGCGUCUCCGGUGCUGGUCAUCCACGGCACAGAAGACGAAGUGAUCGAUUUCUCCCACGGCUUGGCCAUCUACGAACGAUGCCCACGUGCCGUCGAGCCCCUGUGGGUGGAGGGAGCUGGGCACAACGACAUCGAGCUUUACGCCCAAUACCUCGAGAGACUGAAGCAGUUCAUUACCUUCGAGCUGGCUACCUCCUGAAACCGCGGCGCAGACGUCGUGCGGGGUUCACCUUUUCCCGGGCCUGAGGACGCCAUCAGUACUUGCACUUGCUGAAGAAAAACUGGACUCCUUCGUCUCUCUCCUGAAAUUUAGGAGCGAGGCUUUUUAUGCCCUACAGGGGAAAUGCAUUUUAAUCAUUUCGAUCCAUUUUCUAUUCUUUUAUACUUGAUGAAGCGUUGACAUUUUGCACCACGUUCAGUACAUGCGAAAUAUUUCGAUGAUUUGAAAUGUCGUUUUCGUUGUUUUCGUUGAUGCAUUUUUUUAUACUCCUCAAGGGUUAAUUAAACUGAUGCACUUUUAUUGUGCAGAUAUUUUCAGGUUAUUAUUUUUUAAUGUAUUUUUGGGGGGAUUAUGUCAUAGCAUUCCUACGUUUAGGGAUGCAGCGAUUAUAGAUUUUGAUGGUACGGUUAUAGUCUGAUAAAUAAUCACGGUUGUACGGUUAUUACGGUUAUUAAAGAUUCAUUUAUUUUACAACAUUAAUGUACAGAAUCACAUGAAUAAAUUUUUGAACAAUUGCUAAAUUUUUCUGUAUUUUCAGUUUGUGUAUUUUCUCUACAAUUCUUGGACAAAUGAUAAUUAUAAUAACUUGGCUGGCUUUGACUUAAACCGUAUAGGUGCCUUUGAAACCUGUAGGCUAUUCAUUUUAAUGAUCUUUUGAAUAAAUGUAACUUUACAUUUGGACUGAAUAAAGUUAUAUUAUUUUGGUUUGUUUGAAGUAUUGAAGUAAAUUAUAUGAAGUAAAAAUGAUAAGAGCCUCUCAAAAUGAAUAAUUACACAGGGUCAUCCUGAACCAGGUACUGCAAGUCAUUUUGACAGGUGAAGCUUAAUAUUACACAAAAGUCAAAUAUAAAUAUUAGGGGUGGCAAGAUUAACGUGUUAACUAAUGCUAUUCAUUAAUUAAUCAUUAACGCGUUAAAAUAAUUCAACGUAAUGAAAUGCAGUCAGACCACCAGGAGCCCCGCCCGGGUUUGAUCCGCGAGCAGGAGGUUUUUAAUGCUGUACAGAGUAGACCGAUUGGAGUGUGGCUCUUUCACAUACAGAUGCAGGUGCGCGCGCACACAUCCACGCACACGCACACACAAACCAGAUGCACCGUCACGCGCACAUAUUCUUUUGAACGCGGAGCUUUGUCAUACAAUGCACAAUCCAGAUGCACGAACAACCAAGAGACGCGUCACGCGCACAUAUUCUUUUGAAUGCGGAGCUUUGUCAUACAAUGCAUCAUGACGCAUGCGCCUCUUGGUGGUUCGUGGAUCUGGUUUGUGCGUGUGUGAAACAAAAACACGCGGUGUAGCGAAGGCUUUACGGUUACUUAACCGUGACAUUUUAAAGCGCGGUUAAUAGUGAAACCGGUUAAUCGCUGCAUCCCUACCUACGUUGAAGGUAGAUUUAGUAAAAGACGAACAAGUGACUGAAUUUUUACACGGCCAGUUGUUGUUGUGCGUUCGUUGGACAAAGUCGGCGACCAGGGGGCGCAUUUAGGUCAAAAUAACUGUAGCUUGGCUAAUUAAAACUGGAAGACCUGUGGAAGUGACUUGACCCGUAAAUAAUGAAGGUACACUACGUACUGUCCGUGACUACAAUAACGACGUGUUGGGGAAUGGGGGUGGGAUGGGUCUUGUGGGUUUUUUCUUUAUUUUUUAAGCGCUGAAACAUGGUGCUUUGUGGUAAUACAGCAAUCAGGGCAUUGUUUUAGCAUAAACACUACAUUAUAAAUGUUAAAUUAAAAAGUGGGUUGUAAAAAAAUGUGAAGUUUCAAGCUUUAUAUGUUGCUUUUAGCAUUACAAAAAGCCUUACAUUUCAUGUGACAUUCCCUUCAAUGAUUUCUCGGAUUUGAACGAUUUUCUCUGGGCUCCUGCUCGCUGCUACUCCUAAUGGGAAAAUCACUGUGAAAACCUGAACCUUAGCUUGAUAUAAAUAUGACCACACCUUGCUGUUUUGAAGUUUAUUCCUCAUUUCAGACAUUAGACACCACCUGAAACCCAGGAAAAUGAAUUGUUUUUCCUCAUGGUAAAUGAAGGAUUGUGUGUACGCGCGUGUAGACAUUUCACCAUAGCACCACACGACAGAAUGUUUGGAAAUGUUUCCCACGCCUGUGCGUUCAAAUGAAGGAAAUCGAUUGCUAACAAAUGCAGUCAUCGGACUGUACGUUUUGUUCGUUAUCUUGACUUGUUUUGCUGUAAGGUUAUGCAAUGGCAGUGUAUGUUGUAAUGGAAUGUUGUUGUUUUCUCGUCCAGAGUUUUUGGAGAUAAAACCCCUUCAUUCUCGACCUCAAUGGACUUUGAGACACUUUUUAAGGAAUGGCAAAACCUGACCCCAUCUGAGCCUGUCAUUGCUUUUGAUACUGAGGUUUUUACAAUGUUUUAUUAAUAUAAUAUUUACACCUUUUAAUGCUGGUUUGUAAGAUAAUCGUACUGUACACCCCCACACUCUCUCUCUUUUUCUCUCUCUCUUUCUCUCUCUCUAUAUAUAUAGAUAUGUAAAAUAUGAAGUGAAUGGUAUUUAGCUUUGAUUUAUUUUAUUUUUUUGACACUGGAAUCACAGUAUGCAAAUAUAAUGCAGAGGAAAACCGAAAUCUAGUUGGUACAGACACUUUGCGUGUUGUUGUUUCUUUCGACUGUAUCUUCAAAGCCUUAAAUGUGUCACGAGACCGAUUAUUGUUCUUUAUGUUGGUCGUUGCUUCGACGCAACAAAGUGGAUAUUGUACUGCUUAUAAAGGAAUAAAGGAUGCAUGGAA